AUGUACUUAAUAACUACGACACUGCUUCUCGGGCAAAGUCAAAUCAGAGAUUGCAUUUUACCUUUGGAAUUUCAAAUCCCUUUACCAAUCCAGAUGAUAAACAUUGUUCUAAAAACCGUAAACGAUUAUACUCAUUUGGAAACGAGUCAAGAUAGUGUCGUUGUUCCAUGGAUUCAGCAAAUAGCGUUAAAUAAUGUUGUUCUCCGUGGUUACUUAGGAAUGACGAACAUUGACAAAGUUAUCGAUGAAGUUCCCAGCAUGAUCAACAACUUUUGGCUCAUAUCGAAAGAACUCGAUUGCAUAACGGCAAGACAGGACGAAAAUUUGAUAUUCAUACUGGAAACAAAAUUUGUCUGCUCAAAGAUCUCUUCAAUAGGGAAGCAUCGUCAAGAUCUCAACAAGAAAAGCAAAAUGAGACCCGUAAUGUGA